CAUGCGCCAGGCAGUGACGUGUCGCGAAAGUGUCAAACAGAGGGAUGUAAAAAUGAUCGAAAACUCUCUAACGUUAGAUAAACUUAUUAAGCGAUAUAAUAGUCGCCCGCAGCGGCAGUUUGGAUCAUUUCCCCACUGGAAUCAUCCGUAUGUAUCGACUUUAUAGACUAACCGCUCCUUCCACGUUGAGCUGUGGAAAAUCGGUUUAACUCACUUUUGAACUCGCGAGACUGACCGUUGGAGCUAACUUAAUUAGCGACAGUUGAGCUAACCGGACUCGGUAAACUAAAUAUUCAAACUAAGCAAUAGCGUGGUAACCGGUUUCGCCAACUUAACAUUAACAUGUAACUAAAGUGAAGCUGGUAGUGUAAACGUUAGCUAAGUUAACUAGCCACUUAGGUUAGUUUCAUCGCUCUUCUAAGGUUUACUUAGCGUUCAGCACAGUAUCCAGCCGGGUAGCUGGCAGCAGGACUGAUAGGAAGAUGUCUCGGAGGCGGCUGGACAGUCGCAGCGGGCUCUCCGCGGGGCUGCUCAGCGAAAUUCAGACCCCAAUCAGCUCGGAGCCGAUGGAAAGUGUAUAUGAAAUCACCGGAGAACUUGGAAGGGGGAAGUUUGCUGUGGUCAAGCGCUGUGUGGACAAGGCCACGGGCAAAGUGUUUGCUGCCAAGUUCCUACGGAAGAGAAGGCGAGGUCGUGACUGCCGGGCAGAAGUCAUUCAUGAGAUGGCCGUCCUGGAGAUGGCCCGUAACAACCUCCGAGUGGUCAACCUGCAUGCUGCUUACGAAACCGAUCACGACAUUGUCUUAGUGCUGGAAUAUGCGGCGGGUGGAGAGAUAUUUGACCACUGUGUGUCUGAGGAGCUGCUGCCAGAGGCCCAGAUCACUCGUCUGAUCAGGCAAACACUGGAGGGAGUCCACUACCUCCACCAGAGCAACCUGGUGCACUUAGACCUGAAGCCGCAGAAUAUUCUCCUGACCAGCCUGUCUCCACCAGGAGACAUAAAGAUUGUAGACUUUGGCCUGGCACGCAGACUGGGUGCAGUGGGAGAGCUCAGAGAGAUUCUUGGCACACCUGAAUAUGUGGCUCCAGAGAUCCUGAAUUAUGAGCCAAUCACAACAGCGACUGACCUAUGGAGCGUGGGUGUUAUAGCCUACAUGCUGGUGACGGGUGAGUCUCCUUUCGCUGGGGACGACAAGCAGGAGACGUAUCUGAAUGUGUCCCAGGUCAGCGUGGACUACAGCAGGGAGGCCUUCUCCAGGGUGUCGGAGCUGGCUGUGGACUUCAUCCGCAAGCUGCUGGUCAAAACGCCAGAGGACCGGCCCAGCGCUGCAGAGUGUAUGACCCACCCCUGGCUGUGGCAGCAGCAGCUCUGUCUGAGCCCCGACCCAGCCACAACCCGCCCCGCCCGCGAAAGGAGCUGCGGCACCAAGUGGGCAGCCCCGCCCGAAGACCCAGAAGACAAGGAGAACUUCCUGGACUCGCCACACUCUUAUACAAAAAGGUUUCGCUUCGACGAGGAAACGCCUGCUGCUGGAGACGGUGACCUUUGAAAAGAGAUCAUAAAAAACGGGAGGAAUUAAAGUGGGAGGCGGGGGUGCCCUCUUCUUCCUCUGAGCUUUUAAAUUCUUUUAAGCCUCCAGAAGACAAGCUGUCUGCUGCCCACCUCUCAAAAGUGCUUAGGUUGUGAUAUAAUCCACUAAUUUGCAAAAUUCCAAGAUCGACCACUCAGACCAAAGAUAACCAGCUAAAUCUCUCACUGAUCCAUCGCUGUUAAAAUGUGUGAACGUUGUACAGUGUGUCUCAGUUAAUGCAGUGUGUUUAAGUAUUUAAUACUGUAAAAAUCUCUGGUAUUUUCAAAGGGCUGCAUGAGCGGGUAUAGUUGUGCUGAUGAAGGUUAGUAUGGAGUAUUUCUAGUGAAAUCUAUGCAAUACUUCUCUCAUGCAUUUUAAAUUUAUUUUCUCAAGAAACCUUAAAGAAGUUAAUAUCACUCUGCCUUAAAGUUAAAGUGUUGUGAGUCUCCAGCCCUGGUUACUUAGUAGUUGCACUUGUACUUCAGCAGAAACGUAUGAUUCAGAUAAGGACCUUUACAAUGAGGAAGUGUGAUAAUUUCCUUAUUUGCAUAUUGAAGAGAAUUAGGGACAGCUGCUUUAUCUCUGUCUACCUGCAACAUUGCUGUAUUUCACUUCAGAGCUGUGCUUCGACUUGAAAAACAACCAGCAGAAUUACACAUAAGCACAUUACAUUCCUUAUAUCUGCAUUUCCCUCAAAGUCAAAUGUUAAUUUUCCCCAUGUUUGCAAUAAGGGUUUCCAUUUAGCUCAGGGUUUUAGAUAAAACUCAUCUUAAUAACUGCAACCUUAGCAUAGCCCCCUUCCAAAGGCUUCCACAUUUAAUGGCAAUCAUGGAUUCAGGUUAUCACAUUUUCUAGAAGAAGCUGCUCUGACAGAAAGACUUAAGCAACAAAUCAUGGUAUUCUUGUUCCUCUUUCAAUAGUUCGAUAGGAACUUGCAGGGCUCAUAAAACCAGUGAGUCAUGUAGCUGUUCACAUGCCACGCCCGCACUUACUCAAAGGAUUUCCUCACCGAGCUGUAAGUUCCUCUGUAUUGGCCAGCGGAAGAGAAACAACACUUUAGCACUUACUUCAUUAGCAUACAUACUGAACAGAUUAGCACAACAGGAGCUGUUUCUGAAAGUCUCUACGUUUGCGUGUCCAUGAGAGGUUCGCUGUUUCAGUCCCUCACCAAAGCCAUUCAGCGUGCUUUCAUUAAAAGCUACUCGGGUGCCUGAAGUCAUGUAUUCCUGUUUUCAUCUCAGGGCAAGCUGCUCACUCUGCUCACUUUGUUUCGUAUUCUUAAUGUUAUUCUUAUAGGCUUAUUAUUAUUAUUUAUGUGCUGGACUUAUAUAUUUUAAUGUAAAUAAUGCGCUUAUGUGUCUUAUGAGGAGGUGCUGAAAUGACAGUGGGAGACGGGUUACUGAGGAUGAUUAAGCAGCUAUUUAAAACAAUACGAUGCUGUUGUGGCUACAGUAUAAUGAGUAAUAAAUGGAAAUAUUUGCAUUGAAUUGGGAGGAUGAAAGAAAGGCUUAGUUUUUAGGUGGUACUGGGAAGUAAAGGAAUGUGGAAAUGGAGAGAUGAGUCAGAUGGAUUUAGUCAGGAGGAAGAUUAAAUUAAAUUGAUGGAGUUGGAAAUGUGUCGGCCUUGAAAGAAGCAUUUACAGGAAGUGUUUGACAUUUUGGGGAAUAAGUGUAUUUCCCAAAGUGUCAAACUAUUCCUUCAAGUGGUGACGUUGAGCGUUCAGAUAUGUAGGCAUGAAAGGCUUUUUGGUGAUGGGAAAGUGGGAAUGAUGGUAGUUUUAGAAAGAGCUGCUUGUCAUGAGAGAACCGGUUUAAUGUGAAAUAUGAGGUGCUAGUGAUUCACAGGAUUUGCCAUCUUUUGUUUAAGUAAGACUUAAUAUGGGGAGAAACCCCCCCCGCUCACCUCUCCUCAAGUGCAGCGCUGGCAUCUCUGAUUGCUCCUAACCUCCAUUCCUCUUUUUGUUCUGAGGUGCCAAACUGAAUAAGACCACAUUGUGUUGUUGUUUGUUGUUGUCACCAGCCGGUACAAUGGCCUUUUGUGUGGGAGAUGGGCGUCUCCAGCCACGGCCAUGCUCUCAUCCGUAUGCUGUCAUCUUUAAAAAACUGGAACACCACACUGUAAAAGAUUCUCAUCUCAGCACAGAGUCAGCAGCUCCUACUUGAGCUUGAUAGUGUACUCUUUUGCUACUGUAAAAGGAAAUAAGCUUGAAUCUUACUUUGUCUCAAGAGUGAAGUAUUUUCAAAGUCGGUCUACUCUGCUUUUUCUAAUACCUCUCCAAACAGGUGGCAGUGUCUUGAGAUAAUCUUGAUUCAGACCGAAAUGAUUGACUUGAUACAAGAGGUGUCAGUCAGCUGUACAGAAACAAGCGACAUGUUGUCUUUCCUGUUGCUGCAGCAUCUCAAGAUUUUAAGAUCUGAGUAACUUAACCACAAGACGGACUUGUUUUGCAACGCAGUGAUGUCAGGGAUCUCACUUUGCACGAUGACGAAAUGCUCCACCGUUGUCCGUCGGUCACUUGAACAUGACUUAUGCUGCGGUGUUGACUGUCAUUUUGUACAGCUAUUGUGCUGUUAUUUUCAGCAGCUAGUCAGCCGUGGCCUCCGUGUGUGAGUGCUCAUUGUCUGAGUGGGAGGUGCUCAGCCGUCGUCCUCGAGAAGUGGAGCACCAGUUUCAUCAGGUGACUGAUGUCAGCCAAUAUUUCUGUUCUGUGUGAUCGCAGUGACGCUGAAGCAUACUGUAGAUUAGAGUCAAACCAGGCAACAAGCAAAUACAUGUUCGAGAGAUGUAUGUUUAUUUUGCAUUUUAUAUAUAUUUUUUAAUGUAUGAGCAUUCUGAUCUUCAUCUGAAAUGACUAAAAAAAAAAAUCAUUAUCCAUAUUGUAUUCUGAUCAACAGCAAGCUAAUAUAUAAGCAUCACAAAGCAAACUGAAAAAGCUCAUUAAAGGUUGUAGAAAAUA